AUGGCGAUGAGAGGGCUGACCCAGUUCAUCGCAGAUUUGCGAGAACUGCGGACAUACGAGGCGGAGAAGGCUCGGAUCAAUGCUGAAAUUGCGAACAUCAAACAGAAUUUUCGGGACAAUAACUUGAACGCUUACAAGCGCAAGAAGUAUGUCGCCAAACUUGCAUACAUCUACACUCUCGGCUACCCAGUUGAUUUUGACGCGUCUGAUAUCUUGCCGUUAUUGACCAUGCCAAAGUCCCAUGGCAAACAAAUUGGAUACCUGGCGAUGGGAUUGAUGUGCAGCGAUAACAAGUCAGCAAUCGAACGGGCCAUUCCGGCUGUGGAAGAUGAUCUUGCUUCAUCAAGUGAUCUGAACACCUCUAUGGCUUUGAACUUUGUGAGUGCAAUCGCGGAUCCUCCGUUAGAAUUGGCUACUGAGAUUGUCAAGCUUCUGAUGUCUCCUACAUCUUCUCAUUCGGUCCGGAAAAAGGCAGCCUUAACUUUUCUGAGUUUUUAUCGCCGAGACCGAACAGUACUUCAGCCCGAAUGGACAGAGCGCAUCAUUGCGCUUCUGGAUGUUCAAGAUAUUGGAGUAGCUACUUCAGUUGCAUCAUUGAUCAAAGCUAUUGCCGAGAACGAUGCAGCAUCUGCUGAGCGGGCAGCUGCUGUCGCUGCUCGUAAACUACACCACCUCCUUUUUGAGCAGAAAGUAUCCUCCGAGUAUAUUUACUACGAUGUUCCGGCUCCUUGGUUUAUCAUCAAGCUACUUGAACUGAUUCAAAUCCCCCCACCAACCAAAGAUGAAGCUGUUUCCUAUGCUCUGCACGAGUCUAUCUCGAUGAUUCUUGAAUGGGCCAUCACAGUUGCGCCAGGUGGAUCCACAUCAAGCUCUUCUCAGUCUGCUAACAUGCGGAAUGCUGUGUUCCUAGAGGCCGUCAACGUCUUUGUGCACCUCGAUAUGGAUGAUGGUGUACUGUUAGAACACACGAUUAACUCAUUGAAACGGUGCUUGGAAGGUAAAGACACAAAUCUGCGCUAUCUUGCAUUGAACUCGAUGGUCGCUCUGACACCCUUCCAAGGUAUUGAUCAUCUGCUGGACCCAGUUUUGGCACUGCUCAAUGAUAAAGAUAUUUCAGUUCGCAGACGGGCCUUGGACGGACUAUAUCAUCUCUGCAACGACGAAAAUAUCGAACAUAUUGCGGCCAGCUUACUUGACCAGCUCUCAUCUCAUGAACUGGAUCUCCGAGAAGAGACGGUUGUUCGCCUGAGUGAUGUCAUCGAGAGGUUCGCAACUUCCCUCAAGUGGUACGUGGAUACGACACUUUCUUUACUGAUGGUCGGGGGAAGCCAGGUUCCUGAUGAAGUGUGGCAAAGAAUGGUUCAGAUCGUUGUCAAUAACGAUACAAUUCAAUCAUAUGCUACGCGGACAGCACUCGAGUACGCAAAGGGCCCACGAUGCUCAGAUAACACCGGUCGUGUUUGUGCCUACUUUCUCGGCGAAUUUGGUAACCAAAUUGCUCAUGAACCUGGAUGUCGUCCAGGAGAGCAGUUUCUUGUUCUACAGGAUCUGUGGUCAAUAUGCUCACCGCCAGUUCGCUACCACUUGCUAACUACCUACCUCAAAUUUGCCAACCUUUUUGAAGAGAUCAGACCCCAGAUUCUUGAUGUGUUCAAAUUGUAUCUUGAUUCAGGCGAUUUGGAACUUCAACAGCGCUCGUGUGAGUACCACAACCUCCUUCAGCCAGAAAAUGUCUAUUUAUUGCCCACAGUUUGUGAUGAGAUGCCGCCGUUUGUUCUCAAAGAAUCGCCUCUUGGCGAACGGCUUUCACUAAAAUCUCGAUCCGCGCUGGCAAGACAAAACACAUUGGCAAAAUCCAACAUUGUCAACAGAAACCAGUCCCUCAGAGCUCAGGCUACAGGCAAGAAGCUAACUCCCAUUAUCACCGGCCGCGGCGGCUCCUUUUCUCCUAGUUUGGGGUCUGGGGGGUCCAAACCGCAGACCCCCACCGGGUUUCCGCAAACAAUUCAGGAAGAAGCCCCUGCUCAAACACCCCAAACUACUGGAAAAUCUGAAUUGCUAUCGUCCAAUUGGGAGCAUGGAUUCCGACAGAUGUUGACCCACUCUGAAGCCGUGCUGUACCAAGACGCGCUUUUGCAAGUUGGAUGCAAAUAUGAGUACUCAAAAAACAUCGGUUGCGUCAUUCUGUAUUUGAAGAACGUCUCCAAUGUUGCUCUAUCUUCGGUCUCGGUCCAGCUCACAAAUCCUAUGGAAAGCUCUGUUUUGAGUGUUUCCUCCAAAAGCCUACCGGCGAGUUCUUUGCGCCCUUCUGCUGUAACAGAGCAAGUCAUUAUGUGUGAGGCUAAGCAACCAUUUGCAUUGUCACCUAUUGCACGAGUUACGUAUCUGGCUGGAUCCCUCAACGAAAUGUCAUUUAGGCUGCCUAUCACGAUUGAGCGGUUUAUGCGCCCAGUAACACUCAAUGCCCAGGAUUUCGCCAUGAGAUGGGACCAGAUUGGUGUAGCUGGAGAAUUCAAGAAAGAUUUCAAGAAUUUCUCCCUGUCUUGGCAGCAGCCCAUUGUGAAAGAUGAUGCGGAUGCGCUUGGUGGUUUAAACUGGGGGCUAUCUGUCGUCGCAGGCCAACAAAAUGUGCUUUUUGGUGCGGGAAUGAUUCAAACUACUAGCAGUGGCAACUUCGGGUGUCUUUGUCGUCUUGAAUUCGAUGCUAACCGUGUAAAUUACCGAGCAACUGUUCGGACAACGAAAAAGCUUGUUUCGGUAAUCUUAGUGAAAAACGUCAGUAAUGCAUAUCAGCUGUAA